ACCCCCUCAAAAACCCCAGAAUCCCAUAAGACUCAACCUCAGAUCCACCACUCUCUCCUCCUCACAUCCCCCACGCCUUUACUGCCAAGCAAGAACAAAAUGUCCACAACAACCACAUUGCUUUUGCUUGUAACCAUCACUGCCAUUUUUUCAUUGGUUGCAGGAGACUGGAAUAUCUUGAGUCCAAAAUGGAAAAAUGGGGUUGGAAUUAACUUGAAGAAUUACUGUGAGAGUUGGAGGAUUAAUGUGGAGCUAAACAACAUUAGAGAUUUUGAUGUAGUGCCUGAUGAAUGCGUCAACUACAUCGGAAAAUACAUGACAUCGACGCAGUACAAGGCGGACAGCGAGCGGGCUGUGGAGGAGUGCAGCAUCUACCUCAGCAACACCUUUCAGUUGACUGGCGAUGGUAAGGAUGCGUGGAUUUUUGACAUCGAUGAUACACUUUUGUCAACAAGACCAUACUUCAAGAACCAUAAUUAUGGAGGAGAGAUAUUGAAUAAAACAUCGUUGGAAGAAUGGAUGAGAAAAGGGAAAGCACCAGUUCUUGACCAUACACUCCGCCUCUAUAAUGAAAUCAAAAGAAGAGGUCUCAAAAUCUUCUUAAUCUCAUCUCGUGGCGAAUGCUUGAGAGAUGCCACCGUCAAUAACCUUGUCAAAGAAGGAUAUUACAGUUGGACCGGUCUCAUCUUACGGGGGGCCGAGGACAGUAACAAAGGAGUGCAAAAAUACAAAACGGAGCAAAGGAAGAUGUUGAUAAACAAUGGAUACCGCAUCUGGGGAAUCGUUGGGGAUCAAUGGAGCAGCUUGCUUGGCCUUCCCAAUGCCAAGAGAACCUUCAAGCUUCCCAACUCCUUGUACUAUGAUUCUUGAAACAAAGCAUCUCAGCCAUUGAAAUAAGGUGUUGUUGCUAUA